AAAAUUACAGAAAAUACAUAUGGAACGGAGAGUGAUACAGAAGAUAGUAGUUAUACAAAUUUAGAUGUAAACAAUUUAAAUGUAAAAAAUUUUAAUGUAAGAAAGUGCAGACCAUUCGGACAUAAUUUAGACUAUGAUGCGACUAUUGAUGACAGAUUACCUGAGACAGUUUCUCUAUUGACAACUCCAGAUGGUGGAAAAGUUUACUUAGUUGGAACAGCACAUUUCAGUGAAGAAAGUCAAAACGAUGUAUCUAUGAUUAUUCAAGCAGUUCAACCCCAUAUUGUAAUGAUUGAAUUAUGUGAUGCUCGUGUUCAUAUUUUACAGCUAGAUGAAGAAACUGUUCUUAAAGAAGCUGAAAAUUUAAAUAUGCAAAAAAUUCGUAUGAUAAUACAACGAAAUGGUAUCUUCAAUGGUAUAAUUUAUGUGCUAUUACUAAAUAUGUCAGCUCAUAUGACUAAACAAUUAGGAAUGGCGCCAGGAGGCGAAUUUCGACGUGCUUUUUCUGAGGCAAGAAAAAUACCAAAUUGUUUCGUCCAGCUUGGUGACAGGCCCAUUAAUGUAACGUUAAAACGUGCAUUAGCUUCAUUAUCAUGGUGGCAAGCAAUGACAUUAUUUUGGUGUCUAUUAAGGUCAAAAGAUCCAAUAAGCAAAGAAGACGUCGAACGUUGUAAGCGACGUGAUCUGUUAGAAGGAUUGUUAGCGGAAAUGACUGCUGAAUAUCCAACUCUCGGAGAAGUAUUUGUUAAUGAACGAGAUAAAUAUCUGGCUCAUUCACUCCAACUAUCUGUUAGACCUUUCCAAACAUCACAGGGUAUGAAGAGUACACGUGCCGUUGGAGUAGUUGGAAUUGGUCAUCUGCCAGGUAUAAUUAAAUACUGGGGCAAGGUACAGUCAUCUGAUAUCCUACCACUUAUGCAAAUACCAACGCAAUCUUUAUCAAGCAAAUUGCUUCGGGUUACUGUUCAAGUAUCCUUAGUAGGUGCAGUUAUUUACGUAGGUUACAAAUUCAUACCAAUUCCAUCGGUACUAUCAUUUCAAUCAUUAAAGUCAUCGGUUCAGGGACUUUUUAAGGUCAGUGCUAAUAAAUAGGAA